UGGUGGCUGGACGGGCGCCCCUCGCCGCGCCGCGCGCUCCCCGCCGCCCCCCGCGCGCGCAGCCCUGCGCGGCCCGGGUUCGCAGGCGGCGGGGCGCCCCCCAUGCUGCUGCAGCCCGCGCCCUGCGCCCCCAGCGCGGGCUUCCCGCGGCCCCCGGCUGCCCCCGGCGGCGCCAUGCACGGCUCGCAGAAGGACACCACGUUCACCAAGAUCUUCGUGGGCGGCCUGCCCUACCACACCACCGACGCCUCGCUCAGGAAGUACUUCGAGGGCUUCGGGGACAUCGAGGAGGCCGUGGUCAUCACCGACCGCCAGACGGGCAAGUCCCGCGGCUACGGCUUCGUGACCAUGGCCGACCGGGCAGCAGCUGAGAGGGCGUGCAAGGACCCCAAUCCCAUCAUUGACGGCCGCAAGGCCAAUGUGAACCUAGCAUAUCUGGGCGCCAAGCCUCGGAGCCUCCAGACAGGCUUUGCCCUCGGUGUGCAGCAGCUACACCCCACCUUGAUCCAGCGGACUUAUGGGUUGACUCCGCACUACAUCUACCCACAAGCCAUCGUCCAGCCCAGCGUGGUGAUCCCGGCUACCCCCGUCCCGUCGCUGUCCUCGCCCUACAUUGAGUACACGCCAGCCAGCCCGGCCUACGCCCAGUACCCGCCGGCCACCUACGACCAGUACCCGUAUGCCGCCUCACCCGCCACAGCCGCCAGCUUCGUGGGCUACGGCUACCCCACCGCCAUGCCCCAGGCCCUCUCGGCCGCAGCCCCCGCGGGCACCGCCUUCGUGCAGUACCAGGCGCCGCAGCUGCAGCCCGACAGGAUGCAGUGAGGAGCGUUCCUGUCCCGGGGACCGUGGCAGCAUCACCCACAACAGGCAGAGCCACCAGGCCACGACGGGCCCGCGGCCAGCCCGGCUGAGCUUUGGGUGCAGCCAGCACCUGUGCCCUGGGGAGAUGGCUUCUCUUCAAAUCUAGGUCCUGUCAUGUCGCCAGGGAGGACUUUAAGAAGAAAUUCCUCCUCGCACACGGCGACAGUAUUCUUCCUGCACCUUUUCCUGCCCUUUGUCACACUCCGGGUGUCCUCAAGCUCGUCCCCACAGCACAGUCCCGGUGGGCCCAUCCUAGACCCCAGCUGCGCUUUGGACUGUGCAGAAAUUUUUUCCUGCACGGAGAUGCCUUACUCCAGGGAAACCUGUGAGAGAAACUGAUUGACUAUUUAUUGUCACUCGAUCCGCACAAGCUGUGAGCCACAGUCGGGUGUGUGGGGCAAACACCUCCUCGUUGAAUCCUCAUUUUCUACCUUGUUGCACGGGGCGGCUUCCUCGAGGCCUGCCGGAGCGCCAGGCUCUGGCCAGAGAUCCCUUCCAGUCGAAGCACUGCGACUUUUUCUUACUCUGUUUUGCUACUAAGAUGAUUUCAGAAUUUCAGUCUAUUUUUUCAGUGGAGACUGCCGCCACCAAGAAUCCAAAACCUAUUUUUGACUUUGAGCAAUUUGCUUUUGUGGGUUCCACCCAUGGAGACGAUGACCGUGUCUCUGUAACGAAGUGUCUGCCGGCUGGCGGGCCGGGGGCCUCAGCGGGCUCGCGCCACUGGUCUCACCAGCUGCCAGGGCAGGCACAGCAAGUUGUCUCAGGGGUCGGGAGGGAGCGGGCCCCAGGCUUUCAGGCUGCUCAGGGUCUAGACCACGAGGGCUCCUGGCCUGCGGGUGGGGGACCCUCAGCCCUGCCCGCAGGGGGCUUCAGAGCACAGGGUCGGCCACCCCCACCCUCUUCCUCCUCCUGCCACCUGCUGAAUACUGGCCCGAGACGUGCUCCUGCCUUCGUGGGAGUUGGUGGGGUUGGGGGCAACAAGUUCUAACAGCCGCGAUGGCUCCUGCUGGGGGCCGCGGGGGAGGCGGGGGCAGCUGGGGGUUCCUUCAGACCUACCUCAGGGAGCGGGGCUCGGGGAGCGGAGCGUGCGGGCGCUCCUUGGCACGCCUGGUAG